GUGAAAAAGGACAGAUUAUUUUAUUUUUAGAAGAAGGAUGAUGGCGAGACGAAUUAUUAUACUAUCGUUAUAAGUAGAAAUUGACUUUUUGAAAACUUAAAUGAUUCCAAGAAAAAAAAAAAAAGAAGAAACGAGCCAGCAAUGAAUGAACAGUAAUUGUAAUGGAUUUUGGCAACUGGAUAAAGAACUUGUAGACAUGUCUCUAUGGAUUGUUCUGCAGAUACAGUACUGUGGGUAAUGCUGCACAGAAAAAUCAUCAAAAUUACUUUGAAAAGAAAAAUUCAAAAAAAUAAAAUUUAGUUGUCAUUUUGUAAAAUUAUUUUAUCAUAAUGAUGGAUGAUGAAAACUUCAAAAAGCCUCCAACUUCAAGUAUUGCAAUCAAUAUGUUUUCCGGUGCUGCUGCUGGUGUCCUAGAACUCGGUUUGAUGUAUCCAAUGGAUUCGGUGCGAACAAGAAUGCAAAGUUUAUCACCAGAACAUUCAGCUUUAAAUAUCUAUGAAACCUUCAUAGACAUGAUCAAAUCUGAAGGCCUUUUCCGACCUUUACGAGGAGUAUCAGUUGUAAUUGCCAGUACAAUACCCGCUUCCGCCCUUUAUUUUGGAUCCUACGAAAUGUCCAAGAAAAUCCUUUCGAAAUUCUCUACUCAAAAUAAUAUCAAUUACAUGUCUGCUGGAGUGAUCGCAACUAUUCUUCAUGACGCUGCUGCAAAUCCAAGUGAAGUUAUCAAGCAACGUUUGCAAAUGUAUAAUUCACCAUACAAUUCUGUAAUAACUUGUAUGAAGGGUAUCUAUAGACACGAAGGACUAAAAGCAUUUUAUCGUUCUUUUGCAACACAACUUUGUAUGAAUGUGCCAGUGCAAGCAUUACAUUUGCUCACCUAUGAGUAUGUUAGGGUUCUAAUGAAUCCAGAGAGAAAGUUCAAUCCUACGGUGCAAGUUGUUGCAGGUGGAACAGCAGGUGCAACAGCUGCUGUUCUGACCACACCAUUAGAUGUUGUCAGGACUUUGUUGAAUACUCAAGAAAUUGGUAAUAUUGGUGGAAUGAUUAAAGGUAUUCGGAAAAUUUAUAAUAUUGCUGGUGUAAGGGGUUUUCUGAAAGGUUUGGAGGCAAGACUUUUGAAAACAACGCCAGGUGCAGCUAUUGGGUGGACAAGUUAUGAGUUUUUUAAAAAUUAUUUAUGUGAAAUUAAUAAUAAUAAGUUAAAUAAGAAGGAAUAGUUUUCAAAUUGAAGUUCAAA